GUUUAGUCUACUCUAAUUUCGAGGUGCUCUUAUAUCCUCUAUCUUUUAAUAGUUGUGGAGAGCAAUUAUAUGCAAAAGUUUCAGAACUUUUAUUGGUGAUAAACUGGAGAAAUCACUUGUUCUUUGUCUUCUUUAUCAAGUCAUUUUGAUGGAACAUAGACCUGAUGAUCCUGUUUGCGUCAUAAGAGUUGAAGUCGACUGUUGUGCAACAUGUCAAAUAAAGUUGAGGAAGAUUCUAUUGAGGAUCAGUGGUGUAUUGGAAGUUUAUUAUGAUCCAAAAACAAAUUUGGCUACCAUUAGAGGCAAUUUUGAUCCUUUGAUGGUGAUUGAGGCCAUUAAGAGAAAAGGGAAGCAUGCAGAGCUGAUAUCUUAUUCCAAGAAUCCUCUUUAUGAUCAUCAAGCACAUAAUAGCACUAGUAGAAGCUCCAAUCACCACUACAAUAAAGAAGAGGCUGCUGCUUACUGUAACACUAAGGACAAGGGCAAAGCUAAAGUUGGUGAGAACAAUCAAAGGAAUGAACAUUGUUGGAAUGGUAGUAAUAGUAGUAACUCCAAUCACCACUACAAUAAAGAAGAGGCUGCUGCUUACUGUAACACUAAGGACAAGGGCAAAGCUAAAGUUGGCGAUAACAAUAAAAGGAAUGAACAUUGUUGGAAUGGUAGUAAUAGUAGUAGUAGUGAUGAUGAGAAUUCUAAUGAUGAUAAUCACAUUCAUGAGUGUGAAGAUUAUGUCUCAGCAAAGAAUAGCAAGUGUGAAGAUUUUGUGUCAAACAAAAACACGAAAAAAUAUCAUAAAGCUGAAGCUUAUGUGCCCCCUAAAGGAGUUGAUGAAGCCAUCUGCAGGGAUCGGUUCUGCAAAAUACACAGAAGAGGUGGAGGCUUGCGAGACUAUGUAACUCAAGAAGAAAGACAGAAAAAGUAUGAUAUGUUUAUGCAAAUGGGAGGUCAGUACCCUGCAGGAUUUUUCAAUGGAGGAGCUACUGGUUAUAUGCCCCCUCCUUAUCCGUAUUAUUGCCCGGAUUAUGGGUUUUAUCAGCCAGGCCAACCCAUGUCAGGGGUGUAUGACUUCACUCGUUAUUAUGGUGACAAAGAUUCUCGAACUUGCAGCAUUGUGUAAAGCCCAAAAUAUGUCGAAGAUUCUCUAGUUGAUAAUUUUAGCGUGGUUUUUCCACACAAGUUUAUGCACUACUUUACAACUUAUGAUGUUUAUACUCUUUUGUUUCUUUUUUUUUUGCCCAAUGUAGUAGUUGUGAUGAGCAAAAAUUAUGUAUCAUCAUGUAACUAUUGGUUAAGUGGCAAGUUUGCAGCCAAGCUGCAACAUGAGCAGCUUUGCAUGAAAAUGACAUUCUGGGCAUUCUGGUAUACGCAUUUUCACAGCACUGUAUUGCAUUCUGGUAUGGAAGGCCUAAAGCAAGUUCGAAGGAAAUAAACAAAUGAAUACUUCGAUUGUAAUCUUUUACUGCUAUUGGUGACUAAACAACUUAAAGUACGAGCCGUGUCUGAGAGACCGUCUUCUGAUCUUCAGAAGUGGCAUUAGAAACAGUCUUACUACUCCAUAGGGAAGUGGCAUUAGAAACAGUUUAAACUACUAACAAAGAAUGUGG